AUGAACUUCCUCGCCCUCGUGUGCAUGUUUGUGGCCGUGGUGCAGGCCCACACUGUUCUUUUGCCUCCACACGGCAAACAGUGUUUCUUCGAACACCUCAAGGCUAACGAUGAGUUGUCCCUCAGCUACCAGGUGGGUUCCAGAGACCCCAACAAUGCUGAACAAUACACCAUUGACUUCUACAUCAUUGCUCCAAACGACAAGGUGAGAAUCUCCAGAACCAGCAUUGACCACGGUGACGAGAGCAUGAAGGCUGAUAUGACCGGUAGAUACAAGUACUGUUUCUCCAACGAGAAGUCUUCCAGAGUUGACUUGGACGUGUCUUUCAACGUGCACGGCGUGGUUUACAUUGACGUGAACGACCCUCAGUCGGACACUUUGGACUAUGCUAUCCAGAAGUUGGGCGAGUUGACCAGUGACGUGAAGGCUGAGCAGAACUACUUGGUUAUCAGAGAGAGAACACAUAGAAACACUGCUGAGUCUACCAACUCGAGAGUCAAGUGGUGGUCUUUGUUCCAGAUUAUCGUGGUGGCUGCCAACUCUUUGUUCCAGAUCUACUACUUGAAGAGGUUUUUCGAGGUGAGGUCCGUUGUCUAG